AUGAGUAGCCAGCAAUGGGGAGCACCACCCAGCUCUGGAGGCGGGGCGGGAUCUGUGCAAAGAGCAAGAGAGAGGGCGGAGGCAGGCUUGCCGCCUGAGAUUACCCCACCGCCACAGAAUCGACCGCGGCCGCAAAUGCCAGCAGCGCUCGCAGGGUCGAAAAACGCACAAGGCGCAAUUGGCAUUGCGAUAUCAAGGCCAACGCAGGUCCCGCAAUGGCCGUUGGCUGGAGCAGUUGGGGGAGCGCCGAAUCUGACAGACAACCAACCAUACCAACCACCAGCAGGGCGUGAGAAUCCACCACAACGCCCGCCAAGGCCAAGUCGUGUCCCUUCCAUCCUUGAUUCAUCACGAGUACAGGAACACACACCUGCCUUUCGAUAUAGGCCCCAACAGGCCGAACAGAAUAAUCUUAGUGAGGACAGUCCAUUGAGACCUACCAUCGAUGAUAACAGUUCAUCCGGAGUCCUGUCGCCGUCAACACCAGCGUCGAGACAAUCGACCAAUUCGUCAGUUGGGUCGAUUCCCGACUUCCCCUUACCGAUGCCCCCGCCUCCUCCAGUUGUUGGUCCACCACGCAAAACAGCUAACUUAGGACCGCCACCACCAGUGAGACGAGCUGCUUCUUCGUAUUAUUCACAAGGGUCACUCAUAUCGCCGAUUCCAGAAGAAAGUCCAAGGUCGCAACCAUCAAGUGAUUCCCGUACCCUUCAUGGCUCAUAUGCGUCGAGCGCAGCGAUACCGUCGACUUGGGACGACAACUCCCCAAAAUAUGAUGAUGAUUAUGAUGAUCAAGACAAUAAUUACGAUGACGCUCGAGGCUAUGGUACCAGCUAUGUGAACGAGACAAUUGAGGAAGAUCGUGAAUCAAGGGGAUCGAAUACCGACGAUAAUGAUGACAGAGGAUUGAUUCGUAGCGCGAGUCUGGGGAAGCGGGCGAAACCUGCUGUGAUCACGACGGUCAAAGCUUCUGAUCGGGCAGAGCAGCCGCCAUCCGUCAACCCACAGCAGAAGUUGAAAUUGGAGAAGAUGGGAGUACUUGAUGGUGCCGCUGCUGGAGCUGUCGCUGGGGCAGACUCGACACUUGCGGGAUUGAAAGAUAUCCAAAAGAAAACCAUGUGGCCUAUGAUUGGGCGUGCAGAUUCCCCACUUGCGACAAAUUCCAUCAAUUCGGCUUUACGUUCAGAAGAUUCAGUGCCUCCAGGAGCCAGGAUCGGGUUGGCAGGUGCCAACGAUGCUGUAUCGGCACUGGAAAACAGAACAGCAAGCCCAAAUGUCAACGCUAGGCUGGGAGCUAACAGUCCAGCAAAUACACCACUGUCUAGGGGAUUAACAUCUGACCUGAAUCCAGCUCCAGGCCCAGGUUUCAGUCGACUAUCGGAGCUUAAACGGCCACCACGCUUGAAUCUUGAUGCUGUACGCGAUGCAGAAGCAAGAGGGAGCUUGACAAGUUUACCUGACCUAAUUCGACGAGCCACAGUAUUGGCUUCAAUGAUAGAUCGGGGAAAGAGACCAGGGAGUCGCAUACAUGAUCUUAAUGAUUUCCCACCGGUGGCUGACAUCAAGGAGAAGAACUUGAAUGAGCAUCGCAGACAUAAUUCUGGCCUUUCCGGGAUGCUUGCUGCCUUUCCAUCCCCUAGUAUCGCACUCCCAAGUCGGGGAAAUACAGCGCGCCCAGCAUCCUCGUGGCCAUCCGCCUAUAACCGCACACCUGAACCCUUGACCGGCGAUCACAAAGACGAAGUGUCCACCAAACGUCGACGACGCUGCUGCGGCCUCCCCGUAUGGGGAUUCCUUAUUGUCCUCCUAAUACUCGUAAUCGCCAUAGUCGCCGCAGUCGUUGUUCCUAUUGAGCUCUUGGUUGUUCAUAAACAAGAUCCCACUCACUCUACCUCGUCCGGAUCCGCCCAACGGUGCGCAUCUGAUCCCAGCACUGCAUGCCAGAAUGGAGGCACCUCCGUUUUCUCCACAGGUACCUGCUCCUGCAUAUGCAUAAACGGCUUCACCGGGCCAACUUGCACCGUGAGCGGCACCACAGGCUGCACCACCACAACCAUUUCCUCGACGCCAGACAUCACCCUUGGCGACUCCAUCCCGCGCCUGAUCUCCGCCGCGCAGACUAACUUCAGCAUCCCGCUCUCCUCGUCCGUCGUACUCGCGCGCUUCAACUCAGCAAAUCUGACAUGCGUGUCCGAGAACGCGCUUGUGACGUUCAACGGGGAGUCUCGACCCUCCGGCGACGCUGCCUCACCACCCGCCACCGUGCCAAUCACCACGACGUCGUUGUUCUUCCAAGCGCGCUUUGAUGCCACGCAACAGGUGUUGGACUUUGCCCGAAUCGCGGUCCUGUUCCUGCUGGAACAGGUGGGGCUGGACGUGGCCAGCGCAGCGCAGGUACAGCUGCAGCACUUCUUCGACAACUCAAGCGCGACGAAUGGCGACGCGCUGAACGUGACGCUCGGGGACGGCAGCUCGGCGAACCUGGUUGGGUUCGCACUACAGCUGGGUAACGGCUCAAUGUACGGGAGCCUGAACGAAACCACGGUUACCAAAAGGGGCGCGGUCUUGGGGUUGUGGGAUCUUCUGUAA